CCUCUGCUGACGCCUUCUCCUGCGCGCUCAACAAGGGCCCCUCCACACCACACACAUGGCCUGCUACGACCUCUGCCGCCCCUGCGGACCCACCCCGCUGGCCAACAGCUGCAACGAGCCCUGUGUCAGGCAGUGCCAGGACUCCCGCGUCGUCAUCCAGCCUCCCGCCGUGCUGGUCACCCUGCCAGGACCCAUCCUCAGCUCCUUCCCCCAGAGCACCGCCGUCGGAUCCUCCUCAUCCGCUGCCGUGGGCAACGUCCUGGGUGCUCAGGGAGUGCCCGUCUCCUCUGGGGGCUUCGGCUACGGCAUUGGCAACGGCUUCGGAGGCCUGGGCUGCUACGGUGGUGGAAGAGGCUGCAACAUCUGCUAAGGGCCCUUGACAACACGCAUGACAACAGCAAGAACACCCUGGAAGCAGCACAAAGGACUGAGGAUGCACAUCCACACUGUUCCUGACACAUAUAUCUGCUGU